AUGACCGCGUAUCAAAUUACAAAUAUUCGAACAAGAAAACUCAAUCCAUCGGAUCCAGGCAAAAGCCUCUCAAUGGGAUUCGGUUUCGUUCAGUUCUACACUCAAGACGAAGCCAAACAAGCCAUCAAAGAGAUGCAGGGUGAACUUUUGGAUGGACAUAGCCUGGAGUUGAAGAUAUCACAUCGUGAACUGAAUGACAAGGACGCACUUAAACGGAAAGCGGUCUCUGCCACUGAACAGGGCACUUGUACGAAGUUGCUUGUUCGAAAUAUACCAUUCCAAGCAAGCGUCAAAGAAAUCGAAAGUCUCUUCGCGUCGUUUGGAGAGAUAAAGAGCAUACGAAUACCCAGGAAGCUGGGCAGUCGUGAUCAGCACCGUGGUUUUGGAUUUGUGGACUUCAUAUCAAUCGGUGAAGCCAAACGAGCUUUCGAAGCGCUGGUUCAUUCGACUCAUAUCUACGGAAGAAGAUUAGUGUUAGAGUGGGCGAAGAGUGAUGAUUCAGUGGAAGAGAUACGCGAGAAAACCGCGGAGAAGUUCAGGUAUCGUUGGAGUCGAAGAUUUUUCCGAAGUUUAUGGUUUUGCUUUUGUAUUCCAUUUUAG